AUGGAUGGGUGGAUGAUGGAACAGAUGAGAUCUGAAGAAAGGAGGGGUGGUGUUGACAUGCACCAGGCGGGUCGUUUGAUGACAUCGUCGCUGACUCGUUUGCCGGUUGAGUGGACGCUCUGGUGGAUCGAUCACCUGGGCAGGUAUGUUGAUGGCAUCGUCGUGCCCGACAACGACCCCAACAGCCCCGACGAACCGCUAGUAUACCUCGCCGUGCUCAUACGUGGUCAUGUGGACCUUCCCAUGGAAUUUAUUGCUAUCAUUGCACAUACUUUUUGA